GUAAUUCACGCUCCUUAAUUUUUUAAUUGAAGCAGGAAACCAUUCAACUGUUUUUUGGUCUUAAAUUCUUCUUUCUUACCUUCAUAUACUUCCAAAUCAGUUCUCUUUCUUUGUUCCCAAAAUUUCACUCCUCCAUGACUUAGCUUUUGAUCAAGGCUCUCCUUAGGAAUUUUUUGAAUUGAGAGAACCUGGAGACCCAGCUGUGCUUAUUAUGGCAACGUCGAGGAGAGAUGGAAUUGUGGGGAGGGAGAAAAGGGGUCCUUCCCCUGUAAAUUCCAGCAUCGCCUCCACCCAAAGAAGCACCAAGAGUUCCACCUCUCCAUCACCAGGGAAACAAGCUAACUAUCUCAGGCCUACCGCUGUGAGCUCACGCACCGAACCUUCCAAAAAUGUCAAGAAACCUGGCUCUGUAUCUGAUCAAGACACCCCCCCAAAGGCUGCUCCUCUUCGAAGAAGAUCCCUGGACCGCCCUGAUCCAUCUGCUGCUGGAGCAACUAAAUCACUCAUUUCUUCUUCAGGUCCUAAGGAUAAUAAUAAACCAAAAACCAUGCGAUCUGUAUCCUUCUCCCCUAAAUCCAGACCUCCUUCGCCCAAGCCUACAGUGGAAAGAACUUCCAAAACGACUAAGGCAAUCACCGGGAAAUCCCAUACGUUAUCUUUGUCGAAUAGCAUGAAAAAACCUGUAACUCUGUCUUCUACUACUAAGAAGGAUUCUGUUUCGAAGAAGUCACUCAGCACGAGCAGCACCAUUCAUGAUACAAAACAAGAGAUUAACGUUGAAACCAAGAAUGAGAUUGAUGAAUCCCCUGUUCAUGAUGUUGAGAAGGUGGAAGCACCGGAUAUACCACAAUCCCACAUCGAAAAGGAGCUCGAUGUUGUGAAUACUGAGGUUAAAAAUGGGGAAGAAGUUGAUGAGGAUACCAUUUUUGAUAUCGCUACGGUUCCAGAAGAACAGAAUCUUUCACAGAUUGAUGAGGAAAUUUUAUAUGGAGAAAAAUCCGAUCCUGAAGAUCUUCUAGAACGUGAUGAGAAUGCCAAAAAUGAUGGUGAUUCUCAAGAGAAGAUCGAAACAGAGGCCGAGAGCAAAAUGGAAGAGAAUGCUGUUGAUGAAAAGGAGGGUACAAGUGAAGAAGAAGAGGAAGUAAAAGAUAACAGGGUCGAAAUCGAAACCAAAAAUGAAGUCGAAAACAAGGAGGCUAAUGAAGGGAGCCAGAAAUUGACAGAAGAAGUGGACAACAGCGGUGUUGUAGAAGCAAAGCCAGAGACGGUAAACGUUACGUUCAAACUACAGACGGUGGCGGCGCAAGGGAAGAAGGAAUCUCCAACGGCUUACAAUGAUGUGAUUGAGGAGACUGCGAGUAAGCUGCUGGAAAAGAGGAAGAACAAGGUGAAAGCACUGGUAGGGGCAUUUGAGACUGUCAUAGAUUACGAAACUGCUGCUUCCAAAUGAAUCCUGAGAUUUUCCCAUUUCAUUACAGUUCUGUUAAAGUUUAUUGAUUUAUGAAUCAUCUGCUAAUUUGUACGUAAUAAAGAACAAAUCAGUUU